ACAUGCAGCCGUUCCAGUCAUCGGCGCGCGAGGCGCGCGAGCCCUCCCCGGACCGCGCCUCAUCCCCCGACACCCCCGCCGCCCCGCACACCCCCGCCACCACCGCGCCCGUCCUCAACUUCUCCAUCGCCCGCCUCAUGGAGCCUGACCGCAAGAAGUCCGUCUCACCGGACCCGCCGCCGCCUUUCUUGUCCUACGGAGCGCAGCUUCUCGACUCUGCCUUUAAGCAGUACAUCCCGGCGGCGAGGAGGCAACUGGUCUCACAUUAUCCUCUACUCUACUAUGGGCCAGACCUGGUUUCGUUGACGUAUGCUCACCAGCUGCAGCUGCCGCGGCCCCCGCCGGCUUCACCGCCGCGAGCUCCCAGUCCUAGACCCGCUACAGAUGUUGUCUCUUCAACUACCGGUCCUACACCUUCCCCGGCUAAGAACAAAAGCUUCGCUUGCGGAGACUGCGGGAAAGUCUUUAAUGCGCAUUAUAACCUAACCAGACACAUGCCCGUCCACACGGGGGCGAGGCCGUUUGUGUGCAAAAUCUGCGGCAAAGGCUUCCGACAGGCCUCAACUCUGUGUCGCCACAAAAUCAUCCACACCUCAGAAAAGCCCCACAAGUGCCUGACGUGCGGCAAGGCCUUCAACCGCUCCUCGACGCUGAACACGCAUGCGCGCAUCCACGCGGGCUACAAGCCCUUCGUCUGCGAGUUCUGCGGGAAAGGUUUCCAUCAAAAAGGAAACUAUAAGAACCACAGAUUAACACACAGCGGGGAGAAAGCAUACAAGUGCAGUAUCUGCAAUAAGGCGUUCCAUCAGAUCUACAACCUUACCUUUCACAUGCAUACUCACAAUGAGCGAAAGCCGUUUACGUGCAGUAUAUGCGCUAAAGGUUUCUGCAGGAAUUUCGACUUGAAGAAACACACUAGGAAGCUACAUUUGGGGGCCAGUUCAUCUAAUAACGACUCGUCACUGGACACGCAAGACGAGUCGACGCAAGAGGCGAGUCCGGAGGAGGCUCGCGCGGCCUUUCGGCCUUUCCUCGGGUCCCCGUACCCUCGACUUUUAGAUGCACGACUUCCAGCGCCGAAUACUUUCUUCUCAAAGCUCUUGUGACCCGGGGCUUACUUCAACAACUUCGGAGAGAACAACGAUUGAGUUGGAGAUAAAGUGCAAAGAUUCUGUAAAUAUGUUUUGUUAGUCGAAAGUUCAAUACGGUGAUUCUCGUGCUUCGGUGUUGUAUAAAUUUACGAACGUUGAAAUCUCUUAUCACGCGUAACAGCCGUAACAGCGAUUGAAAAACUCAUUCAAC